GUUGAUUCUUGUGUUGGUUCUUGUUCUCGUAGCUCAUAUUUCACUCGAAAAGUACGUUUUAGGUGAAUUUGCAAUUGAUUUCCUGCUUGGAAAAUUAGAGGCUUUUAUGGAAAAUAAUUGUGCAUAUGCGUGUGCCCGAAUGAAAAGUGCCAAAAAUUCACACUGAAAAUGUUUUUUAUGCAAACAAUGCAACGGUUGCAAUGUAUAGUGAAAGUGUAGGGCGAGAACGCUAAGCGUAAGAGGGAAAUUAAAAGAAAUGUUGCAAAAAAAGUACCGGGAAUUCAAUGCAAAAAAUGAAUGUUAUUUACAAAUUAGUGAAAACUUGAAAUUUUUACUAAAAAAAAAAUUUUAAAGUGUGUGGAUGUGUGUGUAUGCAUAAAAUAUGCGGUCCAACUUGCGAUUAGCCUAUUUGAGCCUCUUAUCGGUGACGUGUAUUUCGAGUUGUUUCCUCUUCUUAGUGCUUCUCACAGAGAACGCUAAAUAUGUAGUUGCAUGUAGUGAUAUAGCUGGAGCAGUGUUACCCGCUGAAACCGAUGCGCCUAGUGCUACUGACGAGCCGGCAACAGUGGCACAUGCAGAAAUUUUACCGAAUUAUAAAAAAUUGAGAAAUGAAGAAGAAGGUGACACAAUAAUGGCCCCACAACCAGUUGCUCCAGCUGUUUCUAAUAUGCUGGGCAAUGUUGUUGACGAAGGCCUAGCAGCAGCCUCUGCAGAGGCAGAGGCAGGAACGCACUCAACUGAAGGCUGGCUGUUGCCAAGUGCUCUUGAUAGUGCAGGUGCAACUGCAAGUGAUUUAGAUAUAAAAGAAAAUAUGAAUGAUGCAGUUAUAGCUGAAGUACGCGAGCAAAAGCAGGAAACAGUCAAAGAGGAGUUCGCAACAGCUGAUGCUCUGCCGGCGUCGCACGGCGAUGACUUGCAAAGUGCAGAAGCAGAAGCCGGCGCACAUGAAAGCUUGCCGGAUAUCACGGAGAUUCCCACAAUCACAGUGACAGAGUUGCCAUUGGAGAUUUUGGAGUCAACACGUGGCAACAUUGAUGCACUCGUCAUCGAUGCGGCGAAAGAGACCAUAGCGCGCGAGCAUGAAAAUCAUACGAUGGAGAUGUUGGAGAAUAGCAGUGAGGUGAUAAGAAAAGAUGAAGAAAUCAUCAAAUUUGACGAUUCUGGUGGUGGUGAAAAACCGCAGCCUUCGCAAUUUGACUCAGAUCUCACUUCAAGUGAAAUUCCACAAAACAUUCCAAACGAAAAUGUCACGAAUGUGGCAGCGCCUGCAGCGGCAAUAACGCCCACGUUACCUACGCAAAAUGAGGGUGCCAGCCCUACACCCUCCACCACGCUCACAACUGCCACAGAAACUGCUGGAGGUGAUAGCAAUGCGGGCAACAAUCUCACGGCAGAAGAGGUGCCCAUACCCGUUUUCUCGGAGUGGGCACAAAAGCAAAUGGAAGCGGCCGAGAAGCAGCAGGCGAAAGAGCAAGAAGUGGUGAAUACAUCGACACAGAAAAAGAAUCACACCAAUGGCGAUGGUAAACGGCCGCCGCCGCUUAAAAUGCGCAACAAAAACUAUGCGGCACCCGAUUGUGGUGCCAAAAUAAUCACCUCCAAUCCAGAUGCAAGCAACACGGGUGCUGUGUUAAGUUCGUCUAAAGAUGAAUAUAUGUUGAGCCCUUGCGGUAAUCGCAUUUGGUUUGUGGUUGAACUCUGCGAAGCGAUACAGGCACAGAAAGUCGAAUUGGCCAAUUUUGAAUUGUUCUCAUCUUCACCAAAAAAUUUCACCGUGGCUGUUUCGAAUCGUUUUCCCACACGCGAUUGGUCGAAUGUGGGACGUUUUAUAGCGGAGGAUAAACGAAAUGUACAGAGUUUCGAUUUGCAUCCGCACUUAUUUGGUAAAUUUGUGCGCGUCGACAUACAUUCGCACUACUCCAAAGAGCACUUCUGCCCCGUCUCACUUUUUCGCGUUUUCGGCACAUCGGAAUUUGAAGCUUUCGAAACAGAGAAUACACCACAUGGCGAUCUGGAGGACUUCGAUGAUGAAUUUGGGCAAGAACAAGUGCACGCAAUGAGCCCAGAUAUGAAUCUUUUCAAAUCCGCCUCUGACGCAGUGCUCUCAAUAGUCAAGAAAGCCGCCGAAGUGCUUGUCAAACCGGUCCAUCAACAGAAUACAACGUUGACGCGCGUGCAGACGCCUUCGUCUCAGUGCCGUACCCCUGCGACGGGACAAUACAUUUGUACCACCAACUGUAAUCAGCCGUUGGUAGCGCGCAUCAAUAAUGCGCUCUCUUGUGAAUACCAACAAUUGCAAGCGUUGCUCAAAGUGCCUUGGCUGUUGAAAGAUCUACUUAAUACGCAAAUAUGCGCCAGGCAUUAUGGCAUUGAACUGAAAGCAAAAAUUGCCGAUGAAGAGUGUACGAAUGAGCCAUAUAGCCAUGCUUUGGAAAGGAAUGUGAAACACAGCUACUACCUGAAUAUGUUGCCGGUAGAAUAUGUGGGCGCGCUCUGCCAAUUGUUAGCGGCGCAAAAUAAAGUUAAGUCGACUGCAUCCGCUUCACAGGAUACGCAAGGCGAAAAUGUCUUAACGGAACCGCCACUGAAUCUCACCAUCGACAAGAAAUUGAAAAAAGAUGACAUCAGAAUAAUCGAUAGCACGCAAAAGAAAUUAGUAACGCAAGAUACGACAAGCAUAGGUAGCGGCAUUACAACUGAGAGCGUUGAAGCUACGUUUAGCGGUGAAGGCGCUGUACCAAGCACAGCAAGCACUCCUAGCAGUGGCGUUGAUGACGAACAGCUGGUACGUCCACCACCAAUGGGCGAAGUCGAAGCAAUAGAAACAACUACCAAUGCACCGCUCAAUAAUGGCGGAAAGGAACCAACAGCCGAUGUAAAUAUAUUCAAUGUACCUACACCUACAGAACCGCAAGAAAAAAAUCAGCCGCAAUUCAAUGAACCAACCACAGAAGAGGUGAGUAGUAGUGGUGAAUAUGGUGAAGAUGGAGGUAGUAGCAGUAUCAGCACCACCACCACAACUUCUUUACCACCUGCAAGUAUGGACGCCAACAAAAUACCCGUUGACGACGUAAGCACCGACGAUACGCUGCCAUUGCAUCCUACGCCGUCAACAACAGCAACACCCACACUGGGGACGCGGAGUGAGGAAGAUAACGCCUCUUGGGAGAAUAUCGAUAACCUGAUCACCGCAACAGCAGCACCGGUAAUGGCAGCCGGUGGCUUAUCUACUGAUGGCAGUGUACACGGCAAUCAACCGGGUGUGAAUCUACAGCAAAAAAUACCCAGUGGCCCACAGUCGGAGAGUGUGUUUAUACGCCUUUCGAACCGCAUCAAAGCGCUGGAGCGGAAUAUGUCCCUGUCCGGGCAAUAUCUGGAAGAAUUAUCACGACGCUACAAGAAGCAAGUGGAAGAACUACAACUCACACUCACCCAAACAGUACAAACCGUACGCACGCUGGAGGAGCAUAGUCGGCGACAAAACGAGUUGUAUCAGUUGCUCGCCCAACGCAAUUCCCAGCUGAAGGAGGAGCUGGACGAUUUGUCGUUGCAGGUGCAUGCCUGUAUUGUGGUUAUAAUAUUUGUGGGUGCCUUUGUUUUUCUUGUGCUCAUGGUGAGUAUACUCUUCUAUCGUGCGAUGCGACGCGAAACCAAGGAGGUGUUGGCGCUCUACUCAAAUGCGAACAGAAAGAAGGCAUCCAGUGCGAUGGCAGCAAUACAGAAAAAACUAAAUCGGCGCAAAUCCUUUGAAGAUUUCUCGGAUCAUCAGCAGAGCAGCGAAAAAAUGCGGCGUCCCAGUGAAGAGGCGCUUAUGAUACUUAAGGAACGCAGUGGUGCAGGUAGUGGCGGUGAGCAUGAAGCCAUAGAAUCUGUGGGCGAUGCGGCAAGAAAUGUUUCACAACGCGAGCGUAAAAUCUCGAUUUGCUAUACAAGUGAUUCGGGCGCCACACUUAAUGGCAGUCACGGUGCCCAAAACAUCAAACAGCGACGCAAAGGUGAGAAGCAUUCUUGGCCGAAUACUGAGCAUACGCAGCAGCAAGCACGUCGUCAUCUAGCACAGCUGCAAGCAACAAAUGAAGCUGCAGAAUCAAUGGAGAGCUUCGAAAGAACGAAUAAUGGCCGUCCACCACGAGCGCCGGUGUUAAAUGGUAAUGAAAACUUUAACAAACCCGCUGGAAACAAGUCGAGGCGAAAAUCACUACUACCACGUCGACAAACCUCCGUAUCGCAUGAGUUUAUGGGCAGUGCGAGCUUGAAUAGUACAGCGCCAGAGGAAAUCAGCGCCGCUGAAUAUGAUGAAAGUUUACGACUCGAAGAAGAUGACCUCGACAAUUUCAUACCAACCUCCGAUUUGGCGUACAACGAGUUCAUGCCCGAAGGACCGUCUGGUUAUCAGGUAAACGAUGGUGUGGAGGUGAAUUCUGAUAGUAAGAAAUCAGGCAAAAAGCUAAGUCGUCUCACAACACCUGGUUUCUUUAAAUCGCCCUUCGGCAAAAGUCGCAACAAAUUGCGUGGAUCAAAAUCGACUAAACAUCCCCAUGAGUCAACUUCUUGGGAAUGGUAUCGUUCAAAAAAUGCAGAAUCCAAACCAUUAAGUGGCUCGGCGUCAGCGAGUGGUGGGUUUAUGCGCGCCUCACCAACAGUUAGUUUGGAUUCAUCAUCGCUCUCAGAGAUAUUGCUACCCAAUAGCCGAACAGAGAAUUCAUUUCGCAUACUCGAAGAGGCCAUACUGUCGUCAGGCGAGAGCAUAGCGGCAAGCAGUGUGGCGACGACUGGCACCAAUGCCACAGACAAUGUUUUUAGUUAAAAGUCAUGGUGAAAAUGAACAAAAAGCAACGCGAAAUAAAGAGUAAUUGGCACGAGCACAGCCAACAGUUCUGCCAUAUCGAUACAUAAAAAAACAGAAAACUUACACUACUGAUUUACUGUGAAAGAGACAAAGAAAGAAAGAAAGAGAGGAAAGCAUAAAAGGUGAACUACAUAAAAGAGCAGUUUACAUUUGAUUACAAUGUAAAAUCUAGUAAUGUAAAAUUUUGUUAAAAAUUAUGAAAAAUGUAAUUAUCUGACGACAAGUAAACUAUAAUUUGUAUUAUCGCAAAUAUCUUUUACUAAAAUUUUGUAAAAUAUCGUUAUGUUUAAAUGAUUGAUGAUUGAAUCUAUAUUCUAUACGAGUCAAUAGUUAUUUAGGCUAAAUUGUUGUAACGACGAGUUGAGGUCAAAAAUUGUUAAUAAUGUAAAAAGAAUAUUACACUUUUGGAAGUUGAAAAAAGCCAAUCGCCUAGCUAUUGUUAUUUAUAAGCAUAAGCAAAUGUAUGUACAUGCAAUUAUGUACCUGUAUUGUAUGUAAAGUUGUAUGGAGAGCGCUGGAAAUACUUGUACUAUAUUGAAUAUCUGAAGGCUGUUUAGACACGAAUUCGAAAAUACCCGCUGCACGAAGGCUUAUAUACAAGUAUAUAAGUAUAUCUUUUUGAGCACAUAUUAUGUAAGUAGAUAUGAAGAUGUACUGCGGGAGCGAAAAUAUAAUUAAAUUUUGAAUUUUAAGCACUCCAAACCAAAACCUCAAUAUACUCAAGCAUAACCUGAAAAACUGUUUUCUAAUAUCGAUCACCGCUCAGGAAACUAAACAUUUUUGAGAAUUUUUUAUGUUGUUAACUGUCAAGAAUAUGCUAGAAAAGUUUGAUUAAAAAAAAAACAGAACAUACCUUAGCAUUUUUGAUGUUAAAAUUGUCACUAAAAAUAACUAAAGUGUUACGUCUUUACUUUAUUUUAUUAUUAUUAUUAUUUUUUUUUAAUUAAAUUAAAUUAAAAUGUGCUAAAACGAUCUACGGCGUGGUAUAGAAAAAUAACUAAAGUGUUACGUAGACUUACUUGUUUUAUUUUUUUUUUAAUUAAAUUAAAAUGUUUUCAAAAUAUGUCACCGAUCUGCGGCAUGGUAUAGAAAUAUAAAUUUCUUCACCAGGGGUUUUAUGAACUCUUAAAAUGAAGAUUGAUUAUAUUUUCGCUCCACUCACAUUUUUCUAGCUAUUUUGGUUACCUUAUUUGUGAAUUGCAAUUUAACAUUAAAUUCAGUUUGCAUAAUUGCAAACUUUUCAUACUAUUCCUAAGUUCCUUUAAUUCAUUAUUUCAUUCAAUCAUAAAAAAAUUGUUAUAAUAUUUCAUCGUGACUUAAAUAUUUCAUCUAUUUACUAGUUUUGUAAAAUAAAUUUCAAUCGUAUUUAUAGGAAGUGUUAUUUUUAAUGUAAUUAUUCUACAGACUUUAUAAGAAUUUUUAAAAAUUUUGUGGGAAAUUUCUUUUUAUUUAAUUUUUCUUUUGUUUUACUAAAUCUAUUGUUGAAACUUCUUAAAUAUUUUACACAUAUGUAUGUACAUAUUCUAGUUUGUCGUCGUAUAAGUUCAUUCAUUUGAAAAAGAUAUUGCGUUUAAUACAUACAUAAACAUACUUAUAUAAAAUAAGGCAAUGCCAUAGCGCUGUUUGUGUAUAGGAUUUAUUUAUUUAAAAUAAAAAUUAGUAUUUUAGGUAAAAUAAAAUAUACAUUGGAAUACACGAAAUUGCCACAUUAUUUUAAGAAAAUAAAAAAUUAAUAA